UAUUUUCCUAGGAGCAGGAAGAUCACAGCAGAUAAGUUUGACUGGUGCAUCCCUCUUGAAGAACGACCAGUUCCUACAGAGAUCACGCCACUUGCUCGAAUAACGGGCGAAAAGCUUCCAAAGGCUCAGUUGCUCGAUUUCGCAAUCAAAACACCCUCAAAGUGUCCUCAGCAACGAUGUUGACUGAAGCUCUGGUGGUCUCUGAGCCUGGCGCAGCGUUCAAAUAUCAGAAAGUCCAGCUUCAGGAUGAUUUGAGACCCGACGAGGUGGCAGUCCGCAUAAAGGCGACUGGUGUUUGUCACACGGACCUGAAUUUUGCGAACGAGAAGUCUAUGCCUGAACUAUAUCCUGCCGUGCUAGGUCAUGAAGGAGCAGGUAUCGUCGAGCGGGUUGGCUCGGAGGUCACAAAAGUGUCGCCAGGUGAUCAUGUGAUCGUUUGUUACUCGAGCUGUGGCCGAUGCAAGUACUGCCUUCGCAAGGAGACCUCAUACUGCGAUUUAUGGUUCCAAUACAACUUUGGCAUAGGCCGAUUGGACGGAUCAAAGACUUUCUCCUCCACGACAGAUGGCAAACGCAUUACCUCCCACUUUUUUGGUCAAAGCAGCUUUGCAAAGCACAUUCUUGUAUCGGAGAAUGGGCUGGUGAAGGUCGACAAGGAUAUUUCUUUUGAGAAAUUGGCACCGCUAGGGUGCGGCGUGAUGACGGGCGCAGGAGCGAUGCUGAAUGUUAUCGAACCGACAUCUGAGAUGGCGGUCGUGGUAGUCGGUGCUGGAACAGUCGGCCUAGCAGCAAUAAUGGCUUUGAAGAUGCUCGAUCAACCUCCUAAAAAGAUUAUCGCCGUGGACGUAGUCGCAGAUCGCUUGGAAAUGGCCCGGGCCUAUGGAGCGACUCACGGAGUAAACUCCAAGAUCCGGCCAGAUCUCAUGAAGGUGCUUAUGGAUAUCACGAAUGGACGAGGCGUAGAUGGCGCUCUUGACACAACAGGUCGUCCGGCGGUCCUCAAGGGGCUCAUUCACAGCGCCGCGAGGAAGGGCAAAGUCGUAUCGGUGGGCGUAGGAGACCUUUCAGCGGAAGCAUCAUACAAUAUAUUUGAAAUGGUCAACUCAGGUUGCAGCUACAUCGGAUGCUGUGAAGGAAACUGUUUUCCGCCCGAAUUUCUUCCGCGGUUGUUGGCAGCGAAUCAGGCGGGAAGAUUCCCAUUCCAUGACUUGAUCAAGACGUAUGCGGCGAAGGAAAUGGGACAAGUCAUCGAUGAUAUCCAUAGCGGCAAGACCGUGAAGGCUGUAUUGCUCUGGGAUUAAUCCCUCGAAGGACGUUUACCUGCGAUGAUGCGGCACAUACUUGUAGAAGAUUAAGGCUACCGGCCCACGAAGCGCAAUGGAAAUCUUUCGAAAAUCA